CUGCGCCGCAGGCACGGAGCCAGGCCCUCGGCAAGGUGCUCCUGCACGGCUUCCUGGGCUCCUCGGGAGCGCUGAGCGCUGAUGAGCCGGAGGAGCAGCUCGGGUUUGCUGCUGGAGAUGCCAAGCUGAGCUGCAGUGAGGACGACAAGGAACAUUUUCAAUUCAAAGACAUCAGGGAUGGGUUCAGCUCGACCUUUGAGAAGAUUGUUGAGUCUGACCUUAUGAAAGGCACAUACUACAGCAGCUUGGACUCUCUGGAUGUCCUCUCUCUUACAGAUGAGACAGACAGCUGUGUCAGUUUUGAGGCACCACUCACCCCAUUGAUCCAGCAGCGGGUCAAGGAAAGCCCAGAGCUCUUGGAGCAGAAACUGGUGGCCCAGCAGAGAGAAUCCCUUCACCACAUGGCUGCUGAUAAGCAAGAGCAGGCAGCAGCAAAGCCAGCGGAGGGGGAUUUUGGGAGCCCUCUCAGGCACUCAAUUACCAGCAGCAGGUCAGAGAAUGUGCUGAGCCGGUUGUCCUUGAAAAAUAUCCCAAAUGGGUUCCAUGUGGAAGGUUCAGAGGAAGACGCCACCAAGAUCAUUAACUCCAUCAGUGAUGCCAGCUUGAAAGACGCACUCUCAGACUCUGACUCUGACAUGGGCAGCACGGAGCAGCUUGACCAGGGAAGCACAGACACCUUGGCAAAUGGCUGCAGGGCAGACAGUGAGGCUGCGAAGAGGUUGGCCAAACGCCUCUACAACCUCGAAGGGUUCAAGCGCUGUGAUGUGGCACGACAGCUCGGGAAAAAGUAAGUGGUCUUUGGUGUAGAGCCAGCCUGGCCAAGCAGCAGACCAAGGCAGCAUUGAGCAUGGCCACGAGAAAAACAUCUGCGGUGGGGAGGGUGAGGCAGUGUGAGCCCACAAGAGUUGGAUGGAGAGUCAGAUACGCACCAGAUGUCCAAGUUACCUCAGCUGGUAGGUUUGCCAGGAUAAGGCAGAAGGGAAGUGAAAGUGUUUAUUCAAAAGUGGAGAGAUACAGUGAUUUGUAAAAGAGAAAGAAACAGUAACAAAGCAACAAGCAUAGCAGUGGCAUGACUUUAGGAUGCCAGUGGGUGCGAGGGCACCAACUCCCCAUGUAUUUCUCCCAGGUCAUGUAUAACAUUGCUUGUUUUUUGUAUGUCCUUGAAAUGGCUGACUGCCAUCCAGAUUAGCAAGACACAACUGUCUCUCAGCAAAUACCCAGGCUUCCAUUAGCAAGGAUGGUCCAUGAUUCAACUUUGUCCUGGGAAGGAAGGAAGGAGCUCGUGAGUGAUCUUCUGUAGCAGCUUUUUGUAUCUCCUGACAGCAUGCUUGUUCUUCUCUCUUGGUUCUUGUAACAGAUGCAAUUCUGGUUGCUGCUGCCUCAAGCCUAGCAUCCUUCUUUCUUGCAAAUCUUCUAUGCCAGCUGGGGAUCUUCCAGACAACAAACUUUUAGCAUGGCGGCGCAUCUGAGUGUGCCCUGUUGCUGGUUCCUGCCAUCCUCAUGCUGCAGGAGCUGUUUGGUGAUCCACAGCUGGGACUUGACACGUCCAUUAAAAAAAAACAAUUUCGGUUUUGAUAGGCUGAAUUUUAGAAAGCUGGAACACUUCCCAGCACAAGACCUGGAUAGAGCUGCAGGCUCUUGGACCAGGCAGGUGGAUUUGCAGAGCAGGAAAUGAAGAAGGUUGGAGAUAGGUGUAUUUUAGGCUUGUAAUUACAUUUUUACAUUUCUCAUGUAAAAACAGCCUGUUUUUGUGGGAAUAGAGUACAUUUAAGUGAUGCGUUCAUAUAAACUGUAUGGGCCAACAAGGAGGAUUGUUUGAAAAGUAAAAAUCUCAUUUUUAGACU